AGUUGACUUGAUCGGCGCCCUUUCAAAAUAUUCCUCUCCUUCGCAAUUGGAUGACCAGCGGAUGCUAACGAUCAUGAUAUAUUAAUCCCACUAUAUUUCUCAUUUCUCCUAUGCACAAAAUCCACAGAUCAAACCACAUAAAACGACACCAUUUGUAGAGAAAGAGUGGGAAAGAGGGCUAUCAAUCGUGAUUGUAACCGUAAUCAUAAUCAUGGAAGCAGCCCCCGCUUCAGAAACUGAGAUUUGUAGUCUGAGCAGUCAGAAGAGAUCAUCGUCGUCGUUCAGGCUGCGGAGUCCAAGCCUCAACACCCUUCGUCUCCGCCGCAUAUUUGACCUAUUCGACAAGAACAACGACGGCAUAAUUACCGUGAAGGAGCUAGGCCAAGCCCUCAAUCUUCUAGGCCUGGAGGCCGAGUUCGCCGAACUCGAAUCAACCAUCAAGUCCUUCAUCCGACCGGAGAAUCCUGGCCUCAGAUUCGAAGACUUUGUGCUGCUCCAUCAAUCCUUAAAUGAAACUUAUUUUUGUUGCGGAGACAAUAUUGGUGAAUUUGAAAAUGAAGAAGCGAAGAAGACGGAUUUGGAAGAGAAUGAGAAAAUGUCGCAGGAGGAGUCUGAUCUCUCGGAGGCGUUCAAGGUGUUCGAUGAGGACGGCGACGGGUACAUAUCGGCCAAGGAAUUGCAAGUGGUGUUGGGAAAGCUUGGAUUCGACGAAGGGAAUGAGAUUGAUAGAGUUGAGAAGAUGAUCAUAUCUGUUGACCGUAAUCAUGAUGGCCGCGUUGACUUCUUUGAGUUCAAGGACAUGAUGCGCAGUGUUAUUGUUCGGAGUGCUUGAACUUGAUAGUAAUUUCUAACAUUAUUAUUCCUCUUUUUAUUCCCAAUUAUUUUAUUUCACCUUUUUGUCAUCGUCGCACGCGAUGUUAUUUUAAUUAUGCCAAUUUAUGUAUUUGCUCAUCUAUCUCAAAACUAUGUUUUUUCUUUGCCUCAA